AAAGCGGCAGGCUUGAGCUCGGCUGAGAGAAAAUCGCACAGAAACGUAGCCGGACAUCACAAAAUAAUAUGAAGAUCUACUAGAUUAAUAUUAGAAGAUGCUCACAUUGGAGACGUAACACGCUGUCGACCGACGACGAUGGAAGACGGACUGGUUUCUGAAGACGAUAUAUUGCUUCGCUCGGAGAAGGAGUUUCAUGACGCUGCAAAGAGGAACGACACGGAGAGAAUGCAGGAGUUGAUCAGUAGAGGAGUGGACAUCAAAGUCAAAAACAAGAUGGACCGUAAGGCACUGCACUGGGCAGCUGGAGCCGGCAGUGAACAGGCGCUGCGUUUGCUGCUAGACCACGACAUGGAUGUGGAUGAUAUGGACAGCUUUGGUAUGAACGCUCUGCUCCUGGCUGCAUGGUUUGGUCACCUGACUAUCCUGAAGAUCCUCGUCUCAACCGGAGCAAAGCUCACCACUGAAAACAAAAAUGGCUUGAAUCUCCUGCACUGUGCUGCCCAGAGGGGUCACAUCACCAUUCUGGAGUAUAUCAUGGAGGAUCUGGAAAAUGUGCAGCUUAAUAAAGUCGAAAACUCAGGCAAGACAGCAUUUCAUCUGGCCGCAGAGCAUGGACACCUGGAGGUGGUGGAGUUUCUCAUUGGCAUGGGCUGUGCUCAUAACCUCAAAGACAAGCAUGGAAACACUGCACUACAUCUGGCAGCUAAGCAGGGCCACAGCGACGUCCUACAGAAGAUCAUGGAAACUGGGGAGAACAUCGAUGAAAGAAACAUUGAUGGCAUGACAGCUUUGCAUUUGGCAUCUGAAGGCGGUCAUUAUGAGUGUAUCAGACUGUUGCUGGAGGCUGGUUGUAAUGUGAAUGAACUUACUGAUAGUAAGAGGACAGCUCUUCAUCUGGUGGCCCAGCAUGCCUCAGCCAGUGAAGUCAGACUGUUGAUACAGGCCGGCAUCAAUCUGGAUUCAGUAGACACUCAACAUGUUUCAGCUCUACACCUGGCAGUACUCAACAACUCCACAGAAAUAGUCAAGGAUCUUAUUGAAGCGGGAUGCGACCUGGACAUCUUUGACAAUCGGCUUCAGACUGCUUUGCACAUUGCAGCAGAACAUGGACGACUGAACAUCGCUGAGACGAUCCUGAUAUCUGGAGUCAACCUCAAUCUGCUCGAUAAGCAGGGGAAGUCCUCACUUGAUGUUGCAGCACGAGGAAACCAUGUCAAUGUCGUUGACAUGAUUAUCAAAGCGGAUCGAUUUUACAAAUGGGAAAAGGACCAUCAACCGGAGACGCAACACAUCCGAUCUGUCCUGUGGAAACUCGCCAGCAGAUUUCUCAAACCAGGCGAGUGGAAAACACUGGCGCGACACUGGAAGUUCUCUGAAGCACAUAUUCGAGCCAUAGAGCACCAAUGGACAGGUACUAAGAGCUACAAGGAGCACGGGCACCGAAUGCUGCUCAUCUGGCUGCACGGCGUGAUCACCGCUGGAGAAAACCCCAUCAAGGGCUUGUACGAGGGUCUGAUGGGAAUCUCAAGAGUCGAUCUGGCAGAAAGCAUGCGACAGCUGGCAAAUGCAGAUCCCUCUUCUGACAAAAAAUGCUCUACAAUGUGACUGGAGAUCACUUGAGAAGGGUCUAGAUUGAGCAGACGCCAACCAGGAUGCUGUUGAAAAACAGAGCGACGAUGAUGAAACUACAACUGCAGCGAUGUGACCGAGAGGAAAACAUUGCCUGUUCACACCAAGAGCAAAUAUUCACAGCAAACCAAACUUUAGAUUGAAAUGAUGCAUUUCUGAGGAAACGUUUGCCCCCGGGUGAGAUGCAUCUAAUGACUGUUUUUGAGGAGGACAGGUAUAUUUCUCUUUUCUCUGCUGAAAAAAAUCUCACAAAGAAAUAACGUAAUUAUUUUGGUCAUGCAGUUUUUUUUGCAUGUCUUUCUGUCUUCUGUUUAAUUGCAGAUGCAUUUUUAUUCUGCUGUAAUGCAACAGUUUUAGUAUUAGGAACAGGUAAUCUUACUGGUGCAUUACCAAGGAUGCAGAGUAACUCAUACACUACCAGUCAAAACAGUAUGGUUUGUCAUUGUUUUAUUAUUGUUAUUAUUUUUGAAAUCUCUUCCUCUCUCAAAGCUUGCGUUUAAUUUGAUCCAAAGUACAGCAAACACUUUACAAAUGUUUACAGUGCAUCCGGAAAGUAUUCAUAGCACUUAUAAUAAGGCUGUAAGGCUGGAAAAGUGAAGCGCUAUGAACACUUUCUGGAUGCACUGUUAAUAUAUUUACUAUUAGUUAACUGUCAUCUAUUUAAAUAUAUCCCUGUAAUUUCAAAACUGACUUUUUAGCAUUAUUAGUCACAUGAUCCUCUCAAAUCAUUCUAAUAUGCUGAUUUGCAGUUUAAGAAACAUUUAUUGUUGUUGUUGUUAUCAAUAUUUAUUAACACGCAAGUAUUUCAGGAUUUUUUGAUGAUUCGAAGAUCCGCAUUUUUCCUAAAUUAAAUUAAAUUGUAGUAUUGCACACUAUGCUGCUCAAAAACUUGAAGUGAUGAAAAAGGUAUUCAUAAUGUCACAUGAGAUGCAUUUCAGAUGAAUGCUGUUUCUUUCGAACUUUCUAUUGAUUCUUCUAAUCCACUUUUUUUCUACAUAAUAAAAGUAAUAAUAAAUGUUUUUUUUUUAGCAUCAAAUCAGCAUUUUAGAAUGAUUUCUGAACAGUCAUUUGACUGGAGUUAUGAUGCUAAAAAAUCUGCUUUUAAAUCACAGAAAAAAAUGACAUUUUUAAAUAUGUUUAAAUAGAAGUUUGAAAUGGUAUAAAUAUUUUAAAAUAUUUAUACGUUCAUAAAUCAGGAAGCAUUUUUUUUAGACAAGUACUUUUGUCUGGUUUUCAAAAGAAAAAAAAAAAAAGAAAAAAUGGCAAGUUAAAAUUUAGCAAGUUUUCCAUAAAACAAAGUAAAUCUGCAAGUGCUGUAAGUAAAAUAAACUUGUUUUUAGAUGAUUUUACUUAACCAAAAGGCAUUAUUGUUUAGCUUCUUUUCUUUUUAGCAGAAUCUCACUAAAUUUGCAUUUUUUUUCUUCCGAAAACAAGGAAAAAGUGUUUUUCUUGUCUAGAAAAUGCUUCUUGGUUUAAGAAUUUUUAGAUAUUUUUACUGGAAAUAAGACUAGCAUCUUACCAAGUAAGUAUAGUCAAUAAAUUCUGUUGCAAAAUAUUUCGUUUUAAAAAUGUUAGUGUGAACACUCGCUUAUAGCCAACCUAUUGCUAAAGGUUUUAGUUUUUUAGUCUGGACCAAAACAAAAAAAAAUCUAAGUAUGAACUCACUCUAAAUGUGUGUGAUGGA